ACGAGAUAGCUGACGACUACUUCCGUUUUGACCCGGCAGGAAAAUGAACACAGUUUUAUCCAGAUUGAACACAAUUUUUGCCUUCACACUUAGUGUGAUGGCUGGUCUAACAUUUUGUUGCUUUUUAACAACAUUUUUUAACGACCACAAAGCACCAGUUUAUUUAGGAACAGGAAGAGUUAUAGUGAAGAAUGUACCAGAUUACAGUGCUGGAAGAGAGAAGAAUGACUUGGGAUUUGUUGUUUUUGAUAUGCAAGCAGAUCUAUCAAAAAUAUUUAACUGGAAUGUCAAACAAUUGUUUUUAUAUUUGACUGCAGAGUAUGAAUCCAAAGCUCAUGUUUUGAAUCAAGUGGUUAUAUGGGAUAAGAUAAUUAAGAGGGGAGAGAACUCCUUGUUGGACUACAGAAGUAGCAAUACUAAAUACUAUUUCUGGGAUUACGGAAAUGGUCUCAAGGGAAAUAAAAAUGUAACCUUGACUUUGUCCUGGAAUGUCAUACCAAAUGCAGGAACAUUACCAAAGGUUAUGGGUGAAGGUCAGCAUAGAGUGAAAUUCCCAGAUGCGUACCAGUCCUCCAAAUAUUAACCAACGAAAGACACAGAAACAAAUGCAAUCUCAUUCAUUGUAUGGUGCUAGGAAUUACCACCAUUGUAUAUCAACUGGAUGAAUUUUUUUCAUGAAAUAUUUUUAUUACUCAAAUAUUUUCACUAUAGGUGGAUUGGGAUGAAAGUCUAUAAAAUCAAUUAAUUUGACUUAAUGCAUGGAAAUUUUAAAUAAAUGAGUAAUAGAAGUUAUUGAAAUAUUGGAAAUGGCUAUGUUUCUUAUUUGAUACAUCUUUUGGAGCAAUAUACCCGGAAAUUGGAAAUUAAACCCUGUUGAUAGCUGUAAAUGAUUGAGUUAGGAAAAUAAUUAUAAAUCUCAGUAUUUUUUUUUUUAUCCCAACUUUAGAUAGGAAAACAUGUUAUGAUAUAAAAAUAAUAUUUUGCAUUGCAAGGAUUAAGCAAUUUAUAACAUUUUUUUUUAAUAACAAUUCCACUCUUUGCUGUAUAAUAGUUGCUAACUUUUCAGUGGUCAAUGAAUUAUGUCCCUUAUCCAAAUUUGGAUUUGUAAUGCUUGUUUUUUGGGGACAAGUUUAAAUGUACUUGUAAUUAUCAAGAGGUCUUAAUUUUGCUACCAUUUGUGGAAGUCUAAAGUUUGCUCAGCUAAACGAUAAUUAAGUAUUGACAGACACAUAUGUAACAGGAAAAUAGAGAAAUCCUCAUAAUCAAGGUCAUAUUUGGCUUGUAUAGACUACAGCCUUUCUGUAUGUUUAAUCAUGAAUGGUAGAAAAAAUUACAAAAGGAUAGACUGUCAUUUCUAAACCAUUUUAUAUGUUUAUAUAACUAGAAAUGCUUGGUUUUGAAGAUAGAAAACCUUUUAAUGUGUUGUUAAUGUUCAUUGUUGUGUUUAUAUUUAGAAGAAAUAUAAUGUAAACAUUCUUUUAUGUCAAAUAGAAAUAGUACUGUGGAUUAAUUUAUUUUUGUGAGUACUAGUUUAUGAGAAUACUUGAUUUCAAUGAUUUAUCAAAUUAGAUGAAAACAAAGUCUAUAGAAAUUUUUAUUUUCUAGAACAUAUUAAUUAGUGAUUAACCAUUACCCACCCAAAUAAGUAACCAUGAAUAAGUUGAAUCCACAGUAUAAACAUUUAUUCAGUCUAUGCUACUAUUUAGUAGGUAGAUUGGUCAAUACGUGUGACAGUGAGUUCAUUUAAAAUCCCCUUAUACAUCUUUGGUAUGAUUGUACUGAUUAAAAGUUACAAUAGCUUAUAGUUGUUGAUAUGUCUGUGUUAGAAAUUUACAAUUGUUUUUCAUGGUUCAUAUUGACAAUUCAUUUGGGAACACCAAUUUUUCAUGGAUGUUGAAAGGAGUUGUGGGUGCUAUGAGAAUAAAUAAUUGGCCUUUUUAUUAAACCAAUAUAAAAUGAAUAUUGCCUUAAAUGUUUUAAUGAUUGAUAGAUAUGUGCAAGUCUUAAAUGUAAGAGCUGUCUAUAGCUAAUAUUCUGAAUAAUUGCUGACAUAUUUAGAUCAAACACUUUUGUACCCCAUUAUUUUCAUUAAUUGGUAAAGAUUAUUAAUGUAUUAAAGUGGUGUGGGAUGGAAAACAUUCUGCAAAAAGGAAGAAUGAGAUAAAUGUAUUCGAUAAAAAAAAUCAAUUUUUUUAUAGACAUACAAAGUUGUGGAUUAUCUUGUGACAUUUCUUUGGUAAUUCCAAAAGUACCAUUUGGAAAUAGUUUAGUUGACAUGUUUUCAUUAAAAGUUUUAAAAUAGUUCUUAUUUUUGUUUUGUAUAUGGAUAAAAAGUGAUUUAAAAUAUAUGUGAAGGGGACUGCAACUCAUUGUAAAUUCAUCAACCAUACAGUACCAUCUGCUUUUGUUUAGAAUAUAUCUCAUGAAAGCUGAUUUUGUAAACUGGUUUUAAAACUUAUUCAUAAUUUGGUAUAUAAGUUGUUAUAGUGCUAGCUAUUUGUUUAAAAACAUUUGUCAUGUUUAAGAGAUAUUAUGAAAUUUAAUGUGAAUUAGGUGUAUGAAACCAAAUAUGUGUCAGUGAGAGAGACUUACUUCAUUUGGAGAACAGUAUAAUAUUCCUAGUCUUUUUGUUUAGAACGUUUAAGUGAAAAAUAAAUCCAAAUUGCUUCAGUUUGAUUUAGAGGUAAGUGAAAUGAUAAGUUUCAGUUGGAGAAUUUGAUUAGUUAAAACAAGAACUGUGUCACUGUUUAGAUGGCAUUAAAUACAUAUAUUUGUCAAGGGAAAGAUGAUUUAUCCUUAUUCAGCAUUAAUCAGAUAUUCAUUCAAUAACAAACAUAGAUGAGAAAAUAAGCAUGUGUUGCAACAAAAAAAUGUUUUCUUCAGUUUCACCCAGUCCUUCAAAGGAUAAUUUUUUAACGACUCCUAUAUUGAUAAACAAAUAAUUUUACACCUUUUACUUGAAGUGUAACUGUCAUGUAAAUGUAUAAAUGUGUAUUUAUGGUUUAUAUAUGAUGUCUGGUGAAGGUAUGUUUAUGGCUGAAGCUCUCAUUUGAGACUCAUGUUGUAAUAUGUUUCAUGUACUCUCAGUACAUACAAAGUUUUGAAAAUAUGCAUUGUGUUAUAUUGAAACGUAAUUUCGCAUUUAUGUUUUGUUUAUUUGAUGAACAUACAGGAAAAGUAUGUAUUAACAUUGAUUCUUAAAUUCUAUAUAAAAAAAACCAAAAGGAACUAGAAACAUUAACAGAAGAAGAUGCACUAAAUUAAAUUUUUUCAAGAACUUAAUAGUUCAUGCCAUAAAAUUUAAAGUUUUAAAAAAAUAGUUCUUUAUAAGUACUUUUCUCUUACUAUUUCUUUAUGGAUGGUUUAAUUUGGUAUCAAUUUGGCAUACUCAUAUCUCUUUUACAGAUUUAUCAUUUUCAUGUUUGCAAAAAAUUGUUUAGGAAAUGAUGCUCCUUAAAUAUUGACGAAAGAAAAAAUAUUUGGUUCUUGUCUAAUAAUAUUAAAGCUUCCUUAACUGAACUAUAACCGAUACCACUCAGAUUUAUUUAAUGCAAUUUACUCUGCAAGUUUUGAAAAUUAUCAAGAUGUUUGGGGUUAUUAUUGUUAUGUGUAUAAUAAAAAAAAAAAAAUUUUCAUUACAUUUAUGAAAAUUUGUAAAAUAGUACUUUUUUAUUGUAAUUAAAUGCAUGUUGUGCCUAUUUUAACAAUGAAUGAUAAAUUCUGUAUUUAGAUAUUAAUUUAGGACAUUUUUAGUAAAUUACAGUAUUUGUCUCUUAAAUGUUAAUACAUGUGUAAAAAAGUAACAAAGUUUUCAAUUAUUUGUUUAAAAGAACAUUUCAAAUGUCUAAAAUGGAUUAAGAAAAACUAUUUAAUAGAAAUAAAUUAAAUGAAUAAUAAAAACAAAAAUCAUC